AUGAAUCUACUAAAUAUGGACGCGGAGAACCGCGUAGUACUGAACGUGGGCGGGAUCCGCCACGAGACGUACAAGGCGACCCUGAAGAAGAUCCCGGCGACGAGGCUGUCGCGGCUGACGGAAACGCUCGCCAACUACGACCCGGUGCUGAACGAGUACUUCUUCGACCGGCACCCGGGCAUCUUCGCACAAGUCCUCAACUACUACAGGACGGGUAAACUCCAUUACCCAACUGAUGUGUGCGGCCCGUUGUUCGAGGAGGAGCUAGAGUUCUGGGGGCUGGACGCGAACCAGGUGGAGCCGUGCUGCUGGAUGACGUAUACGCAGCAUCGCGACACCCAAGAAACACUGGCAGUCCUGGAUAGACUGGACUUGGACACAGAGAAGCCCACAGACGAGGAGGUGGCGCGGAAGUUUGGUUUCGAAGAGGACUACCUGAAAGGGACGGUGUCCUGGUGGCAGCACCUCAAGCCUCAAAUGUGGUCGCUCUUCGAUGAACCAUAUAGUUCUAACGCUGCGAAGAUAAUCGGUGUGAUAUCAGUAUUUUUCAUAUGCGUGUCUAUUAUAUCGUUCUGUCUCAAAACCCACCCGGACAUGAGAGUGCCAGUGAUAAGAAACUAUACAGUGACCACAGCGAACCAGACGCAAAGCUGGGCGUUGGACAAAGUGCAAACGAAUGCCCACAUCGCGUUCUUCUACAUAGAAUGCGUGUGCAACGCGUGGUUCACGCUGGAGAUCCUAGUUCGUUUCAUAUCCUCCCCCAAUAAGUGCGAAUUCGUCAAGUCGUCGGUCAACAUCAUCGACUACAUCGCCACGAUGAGUUUCUACAUCGACCUGAUCCUGCAGAAGUAUGCUUCGCACGUCGAGAACGCUGAUAUCCUGGAGUUCUUCUCCAUCAUCAGGAUCAUGAGGCUGUUUAAGCUGACCAGACACUCAUCUGGUCUGAAGAUCUUGAUCCAGACUUUCAGGGCGUCUGCGAAGGAGUUGACGCUGUUGGUGUUUUUCUUAGUGCUUGGUAUAGUUAUAUUUGCGAGCCUGGUGUACUACGCGGAGAGGAUACAGACGAAUCCUCAUAACGACUUCAACAGCAUCCCGCUGGGGCUGUGGUGGGCGCUCGUGACCAUGACUACAGUUGGUUAUGGUGAUAUGGCGCCGAAGACUUAUGUGGGGAUGUUUGUCGGAGCCCUCUGCGCUUUGGCCGGUGUACUGACGAUAGCUCUACCAGUGCCGGUCAUCGUGUCAAACUUCGCCAUGUACUACUCGCACACGCAAGCGAGAGCGAAACUUCCGAAGAAGCGUCGAAGAGUCAUUAAUGUUGAGCCGGCAAGGCCUCCGCUUCGUGCACCAGGAGUGACUGGAGCGCCGGCCGGUCCAUUAGCCCCUGGAAUGGGAGCACAAGUAGUUAAUCGUAGAAUGAAUGCUAUAAAAACUAAUCAUCCUAAAGAUAUGAUGGGACCUAAUAUGGUUGCAAGUUUGAUGCCUGGCGUGGAUCUCUCGGUGACCACACGUCUCUCCCCGAGUCCUCGCGACAUGUCUCCUGCUCUUGCCAUAGCAUUACCCAUGAUGAAGUCAGUCAACAUCGUCCCAGCUCAGUGCUUCGACAACAUGGCCUUCCACAGCGAAAAAUCAGAAGACAAGCAGAGCGAGAGCGACAGCAAAACCUCAAGCCGUCAGGAAUCUGUAGACAGUGACAACACUGUCAGAGUAAAUAACUACAGAAACGAGAGAUACAUGCAGAAGAUUGAGGACAAAACUGACGCAAGGACUCCUUUACUCAGAGAUCACAAAAACGAAUCUCUCGAUGAAACGAAACUGCGUGAUACAAAAAUAGAGAAGAGAAAAUCAUCGGCGUCUACAUAACGUUAAAUUAUGCUUAAAACAGACCAAUAGAGUAAGUGAGAAUUUAGAAAAAGUAUCAAUACAUCGCUGUCUUUAUUCCUCUGUGAGUAAUCAGUUGUCGCAGAAUAAUUCGCCUGUGUAACAUUAAACGCUAUGUAUUUAUCUUAACGAAAGAAAUAGUCUGGGAGAUAAGUGACCUUUUGUAUAAAAGGAACAACACUGAUGAAAAUUUUGCUUCAAAUAGUAUUUUUCACAAACCUUUGUACGAUGAAAACAAUGUAUACCACAUUAUUGAGAAUGAUAAUUAUAUUCUUAUCCACCAAGUGUGAAGAGUUUAAAGUUAUAGCUCCUUACCAAUGGAUGUUGUAAGUUUGGAAAAGUUACUAUGUUUUGUCUUACUAUCUUAAAUAAUAUUUAACAGCAUUGAAUGCAAAACAAAACAUACAAUAAUGUAUCAUAUGUACGACUGAUAGGCCUCUAGUGCGAUUGGAAAUAC